UUAUCCCCUUGCUGCCGCCUCCUCGCUCCUCGCCGCUCGCCCGUUCUGGCCCUAUCAAGAAGCCGCGGGGGUCUCCAAUGGCGACGUUGCAGCACGUUUGCUCUGCCCCACUCGCACGUGCACUACGCUCCCGCGCCGCCUCCCUCGCCCCCUCGAGUCCCCCGGCUCGCUUGCCCCAACCGGACUCCUCUCGCGUGCUCCUCGGCUUGUCCGAGCCGGAGCUCCGGCAGCUCGCCCUCGACUUCGGACAGCAAAGCUAUAGGGGGAAACAGCUCCACCAUCUUUUAUACAAGACCAAGGCUAAAGAAAUCCCAGAUUUCAGCCACUUGCCUCAGGCGUUCCGGAAUGGUCUUCGCGAAGCUGGUUGGAGGGUAGGAAGAUCCCCUGUUCAUCGUGCUGUCUCUGCUGCAGAUGGCACCGUAAAGAUACUUAUAAAGUUGGAAGAUAACAGAUUAAUCGAAACUGUAGGGAUACCUGUUGAGGAAGAUAAAGGUUCAUUUCGCCUUACUGCAUGCGUAUCAUCACAGGUAGGGUGUCCCUUGCGAUGCUCAUUUUGUGCUACUGGAAAGGGUGGUUACUCAAGGAACCUCAAACGACAUGAGAUUGUUGAGCAGGUAUUGGCUAUAGAGGAGCUCUUCAGACAUAGGGUGACAAAUGUUGUCUUCAUGGGCAUGGGUGAACCAAUGUUGAAUCUGAAGUCAGUUUUGGAAGCACAUAGGUGCUUGAAUAAGGAUGUGCAAAUUGGGCAAAGGAUGAUGACAAUAUCCACAGUGGGUGUGCCCAACACAAUCAAGUUGCUGGCGUCACACAAGCUUCAGUCAACAUUGGCUGUCAGCAUACAUGCUCCAAACCAGGAACUUCGACAAAUGUUUGUUCCCAGUGCAAAGUCUUACCCCUUAGAUGCGUUAAUGGAUGACUGCAAGGACUAUUUCCUCCAAACUGGACGCAGAGUAACCUUUGAGUAUACACUUUUAGCUGGUCUCAAUGAUAGAAUAGAGCAUGCAGUAGAACUUGCAGAAAUGCUUCAUUCGUGCGGUCGUGGUUAUCAUGUGAACCUGAUACCUUUCAAUCCUAUAGAAGGUUCUGAAUACCGAAGGCCAUAUAAGAAAGCGGUUUUAGCUUUUGCAGCAGCCUUGGAGUCUAAAAAGAUAACUGUCAGUGUUAGACAAACACGCGGGCUUGAUGCUAGUGCUGCCUGCGGGCAGCUCAGGAACAACUUCCAGAAAAGUCCGUUGCUUGAGUCAGCAGCAGCUGAACCUCAACCCUUGCCCAUCUAAUCGUGAUGGUCCCUGGGACUGGUACCUGUCGGAAUCUUAGUUGAGGAUUUAAACGGGAAAUAGCCAUCUUUUAAAUCUGAAGAGAUAGAAGUAAGAUUGCCAUGCAAUUCUGUUUACUCGCAACAAAUGGCUUGAAGCCAAACUAAUGGGAGACACAACUGAAUUCUGCCAAUAAAUGAACAUUGGCUUGUCUGGAGACUUGGUGGAAAUGAUGAAGCUAAGAUUGGUCCAAGCAAAAGCUACUUAGGAGAUUCUCAGAAUUAGUGGGGCAUGUUGCUUUGUUAUCGAAGUUUUCUCACUAGCACAUCCCUAUUUCUGUAAGGUUCUUGUGUGACUUGAACGCUAUAUAUCCAAUAGAACCCAAAAUUUGAGAAUUGUAGUCUUUAACGUUUUAGUUUCUCCAAGCAAUCAUCUUAGUUUCAUCAAA